GCCGAGUAAUUAAAAGGUACAAUGAAACUAAGCAUUCUAACAAGUUUGAUCAGUGUUUUCUGUUUGAGAUCAACUGAGUGCUCUAAUCUCGGGAAGCUUACAAGAAACAAUGUUCCUUUUACGAUUAUUCAUGUCAGAAAUGCUUCAACUUCCGCCUUCAAUGCUACACUUCAAGCAACAAGAACUACGGUGGAUUCAUCAAGUCAAGUGAAACAGAAUGAUGACGACGCUUUACAAAAAUUUCCUGCGCAUCCAUCCCUCGUUGGUUCUAGUGUGAAUUCAUCUGCCAAAGUAAAUGUAUCUAGUAAAAUUUUGGACUCUGAUGCUACAAACAAAGUGAUUUCCUUGAUAAACGAUGAUGUAACUGUGAUUGAAAAUUCCUCUUCAACGGUCUUGAACUAUAAUUCAUCAGAACUCUUAUCUGUUCCAGUAGAAAGCGUAGGUGGAUCCGAUCUUAAUCCAGCCUCGACAGGAGUGAUCGUAGUCAAAAAUUCACCUCCACGCUUAUCCAACAGAGGAAACUUUAAAUUUGAUUCAGGAAAAGCAGUCGACAAAGAUGACGGUUCACUUCAAUCAGCGGAAGACGCUCGCGAGGACAGGCUGCUGGUGGCGGUGGUGAAGACCCUCGUCACCACCGCCAUCACCACGUCCGUCACCGUAGUCUUCUCAACCUGUGCCACAAACGCCCCAACUACACCGUGCAGAAAGAGACGCAAGAGAAAGAAGCAAAUCUUCAUCCCAGAACUUGAGUACUCUGAAAAUCUCCAUUCAUCGGCAAUGACUGCACCGCAAAUCCACAGCACACACUGGAGCCCGCCAACGAGGUCUCGUCGCUUCAUCAUUUGGUCAUCGUCUAUCCAGACUGUAACUUUUAGGGUCACCUCUACCAAUACUGCAACUGUUGUGAAAGUCAGCUAUGCUUGCAGUUUUGCUGGACUUCCAAGCGCAUGUCCUACUGGUUGAUCACAAUGGCUAGGAAUAUACUUGAUCAGAAGUCCUCACCAGCGACUAAAUAAUUCAUAUCCCUCAGUCAAUGAAGCCUCACAUAGUAAAAUCAUGGUGACUUAUAUCUCGAGUUUGCAAAUUGUCGCCUAAUUGAGACAACAUUUAGAUUGAAAACUCAUGCUCUGAAACGUCAAACAUCUAAUAAAUGCAAUUACUAUUAAAAAUUGUAUCACACAUUUCAAUAAAUUAUCAUUUACUUGAAGUACUGUAU